AUGGUGACUUCAGUAGGUGGCCUGCUGGUGCGCCUCGUGGCGGCACUGUGUCUCUUCCAGUACGUCCAGGCCAAGACCGUCACCUAUGAUUUCAAUGUCACUUGGGUCACUGCCAACCCGGACGGCUUGUACGAUCGAAAGGUCGUCGGCAUCAAUGGCCAAUGGCCCUUGCCAGUGAUUGAAGUGGACAAGGGCGACCAGCUGGUCGUGAACAUGUACAAUGGCCUUGGCACUCACAGCACUUCGAUUCAUUUCCAUGGCAUGUUCCAAAAUGGCACCAACGACAUGGACGGCCCGUCCAUGGUCACUCAGUGCCCUGUUGUACCGGGGUCCUCAAUCACCUAUAACUUUACGGUCAACCAAAACGGCACCUACUGGUACCAUUGCCAUACCGAUUACUGCUAUCCGGAUGGCUAUCGCCAGGCAUUGAUCGUGCACGACAAUAGCUCUUACUUCAAUGAUAUGUAUGAUGAGGAAUAUACCAUUACGAUGAGUGAUUGGUACCACGAAAUGGUAGAGGAUAUCACUUUCAUCGACAAGACCAACCCGACCGGCGCAGAGCCUAUCCCCAACGCCUUCCUGUUCAAUGACACCCAGAACAGUAGCCUCGCAGUGGAGCCAGGCAAAACGUAUCUGCUACGGUUAGCCAACGUUGGUGCAUUUGUUGCGCAGUAUUUCUAUAUUGAAGAUCACACCUUCAAGAUUGUUGAGAUUGAUGGUGUAUAUACGGAUCCUACCGAAGCCAGCAUCCUCUAUAUUGCCGUUGCACAGCGCUAUGCGAUUCUUGUAACAGCCAAGAACUCCACAGAAAAGAACUACCCCAUCGUGACUGUGGUAGACUCCGAGCUGCUGGAUAACAUUCCCUCGAACCUACAACUUAACCACACCAAUUGGCUCGAAUAUAACAAAGACGCCGAUCACCCGCAGGCCACGAUUACCGUGGACACUGCGUCCGAUCUUGAUCCAUUUGAUGAUAUGGCUCUUGUGCCCUACGAUCGCAUGGAACUGCUUCCCGAGGCCGAUGUCGUCCUCGAUCUGACCGUCUCCAUGCAAAACCUCGACGACGGUGCUGGUUACGCUUUCCUGAACGACAUCUCCUACACUAGGCCCAAAGUGCCAACCCUUUACACUGUCCUGUCCUCCGGCAACCUCUCCACCAACGCCGAAGUCUAUGGCGAUUUCACCCACUCGAUUGUCCUGGAACAUAACCAAGUUGUCGAGAUCAUCCUCAACAACGGCGACGGAGGCUCGCAUCCCUUCCACUUCCACGGCCACAACUUCCAACUAGUCGACCGCGCCCCUUCAUACGGCAGGCACUUUUACGACUACGCCGAUGGCGACCCACUCACCUACGACCCGAACAACCACACCGCAUUCCCGAGGUACCCAGCUCGCCGCGACACUCUCGUGCUGCCGCCGCAAGGCUACUUCGUCGUGCGCUUCGUCGCCGAUAACCCCGGUGUCUGGCUGUUCCACUGCCACAUCGAUUGGCAUUUGCAGCAAGGAUUGGCGAUGACUUUUAUCGAGGCACCUCGACAACUUCAGGAGAGUCUGACUAUUCCGAAGAACCACUACGACGUGUGCGAUGCGGCGGGCGUCAAGUACGUGGGUAACGCCGCGGGUAACACGCAAGACUACCUUGACCUGUCGGGCCAGAACAAGCAAAUUGGCUGGCUGCCUGCUGGAUUUACGACCAAGGGUAUUGUGGCGAUGGUGUUCUCCUGCGUGUCCGCGUUCUUGGGUAUGGCGUUUAUCUCGGUUUAUGGUGCGUCGGGGAUCAAGACGGCGAAGAAGCAGGAGACCGAGCAGACGGAGGGAGACGCUACUGCGUCCACGGAUAGUUGA